CCCCCCUGGCGCCCCCUGGCGGCCCCGCGGCCCCGCGCUGUCGCUGCUCCGGCGGGCCCGGCCCGGCCCCGAUCGCUCCGGGCCCCACCGGGGACCCCCGGACCCGCCGGGCCGGGCAGGGGCAGGGCCGGGCCGGGGGCCCCGACACGCUCCGGGCCCCGGGAAGGGCCGGGCCGGGGGCCCCGACGCGCUCCGUGCUCCGGGAAGGGCCGGGCCGGGGGCUCCGGGCCGCAGGUCCCGGACGGCGGAGCCGGGAGCGCCUCAGGUGGAAGAUGGGAGUGUUCCCCUCAUGUUUUAGCUGAAACUCCUUGCCAUGAAAUCCCGAGGGAGAUAGAGGGACUGCAGUGGGAAUUCCUGCUCACUCCUCCACAACAAAUCCAACAACUGCCUGAUGGGAUUGCCUCUCUGCCUGGCGUCAUGGGGAGCUGCUGCAGCUGUCUGUGCACAGACAGCAUCCCAGACAACCAUCCCACCAAAUUCAAGGUGACCAACGUGGAUGACGAGGGGCACGAGCUGGGCGCGGGGGUGAUGGAGCUGACGGCGCGGGAGCUGGUCCUGCACUCGCGCGGGCGCCACGCCGUGCGCUGGCCCUACCUGUGCCUGCGGCGCUACGGCUUCGACUCCAACCUCUUCUCCUUCGAGAGCGGCCGCCGCUGCCACACCGGCCAGGGGAUUUUUGCCUUCAAGUGCUCCCGAGCAGAGGAGAUCUUCAAUCUGCUGCAGGACCUGAUGCAGUGCAACAGCAUCAACGUGGUGGAGGAGCCCGUGGUGAUCACCAGGAACAGCCACCCCUCGGACAGGGAGCUGGCCCACAGCCCCCAGGGCCCCAGCAGUCUGGGCUACACUGGACUUCCCAAUGGAUUUCACAGCUUCCCUGGAGAAUCCCUGUCCUACUCUGCAGCCCAGCACCCCUCAGCAAGCAGCCUGAGACAUUCCUCUGUGGGGGAGGACUCUACCCACCCCCUCCUGGGGCCUGAGGAGCAGUCCCACACCUACGUCAACACCGGGGAGCCGGAGCCGAGGGGCCGGCACUGUAUGCACUCCCUGCCUGAAGCCCACCCUCCUUUCCCCCCUAGGAACCACAGCUGCUCCCUGGAAGACCGAAACCCCCAGGUCUUCCUGCAGCCAGGGGAGGUGAAAUUCGUGCUGGCUCCCAGCUCCGGCUACCGCCGGCUGUGCCGGCACCCCCGCGAGUGCCAGCCUCACCUCUGCCCCCCCAACAACAACAACAACGAGUGCCAGCAGGGCUGUCCGUCCCCGCAGUGCGUCUACGAGAACCUCAACGGGCUGGUGGCCCCCAGCACCUCGUCCCUGUGCCGGGCUGGCCGCUCCAAGGCGUCCCGGGAGGACGGGGGCUGCUGCCAGCGCCGCUCGGCGCUGCUGCACUACGAGAACCUGCCGGCGCUGCCGCCGCUCUGGGAGCUGCAGCCGGCCCGGCACAGGGACGAGGACGCCGGCACGGCGCCCACGCCCUCCCCGAAUGGCUUCUCCGAGGCCGGCGAGGAGGAGCCCCUGCAGAAUUCGGCGGGCUCGGAGCCGCGCCGCGCUUUCCUGCCCAGGCCGCGGCGCGGCCGCCUGCCCAACGUCUUCAGCUUCGACUUCCCCCGGCCCUGCCCGGAGCCUCCACGGCAGCUCAACUACAUCCAGGUGGAGCUGGAGCCUGAGCCCUGCAAGGGGCAGCAGGAGGCGCGGGCGGCAGCCCCUGGCAGCCCCGGUGCCCGCCGCACCGACUCCUACGCCGUCAUCGACCUCAAGAAGACGGCGGCCAUGUCCAGCCUGCAGCGGGCCCUGCCCAGGGACGAUGGCACCUCGAGGAAAACUCGGCACAACAGCACUGACCUGCCCCUGUGAGGGCCCCAAGUGCCAGCCCCGUGUCGUGGCUCUGGUCGCUGCCCCUCGCUGUGUCCUGCCCCCCUCAGUGUGGCUCCCUUGCCAUCGCCCUUCCCUGUUUGUCACUGCCGGGGCCCAGCGUGGCUCCUGCGGCUGCUGCUGUUGAGGCUCGUCUGUCUGUCUGUCUGUCCGUCCUCCCCUCUCUGUGCUGCUCGUUUUUCAAGCCUUGUGGGGUGUUUGGUGACUCUGAGGGUUGAGUUCCGGGCGGGAGGGAGGUGGCACGGCCUGGGCUGGGGCAGGGCAGAGCCGGCUGGGCACUGCCCCGGGGUGAGCUCCCAAAACUGAGCUGCUUCAGGAGCUCUGUGCACAUGGAGCCCACUCCCCGUGGAUCCCACACCUCCAGGAGGGCUCUGCACCGAGGCCACUCCAGAGCUGGGGUUUGCCUUGUGGUUCCAGGGGUGCCUGGAGAUGAGGGAGCUCACGCCGUGGCCUUUCCCCCCUCAGCUCACUGUUUGUUCCUGAAGCUUUUUAUCCUUCUGUCCCUGUCUCAGAUCCAGUUUCAGUUGGGCAGCUGCAAUGAAACCAGGAGGACACAGAGCCAUGGGCACACACUGUGAUCACAGAAACCUGAUUGCCUAAAUCCUUAAAUUCCCUCCCCUGCUUUAGAAGAGGAGGGAAAGGCCACAACCAUGAGGGAGAUUGGAAGUUUGGUCUAGAAAACUUCACUUGUGCCAUACCCUGCUUUGUUUUUUUACGAGGGUUCUACUUGGCAGCUGCUGAGAAGUGCUGUGGGUUUAUUUAUUUGUUUCCUUAUUUAUUUAUGAACUGCUCUUUGCAUCCCAGUUCGUUGCCAAACUGGUGCCAGUCUGCAGCCCGCACUCUGGGGGGGACAGCCCCCAAAACAGCUCGGUGGCUUUGCUGGGGGAAAAAACACUGUGGAGGAGAGCAGCUGGGGAUGCAGAAUGUGUGAAGCGGGGGCUGACUGUCACGGGGUGGGUGGGAGGUGGAAUGGGAGACGUGGGAGUGGGAGCGGAGCCGCCGGGCAGCCGAGCCUGGAGCGGCAUCAAAGCCGCUGCUGCUGCCACGUGCCUGGGGCCCGCUGCAGCCCCAGCUCCCUGCCAGGAGCCAAAGUGCAGUUUGUUCUCUCAACUACGGACCUGGAAGGGCUCAAAUUCCGGGUCCAUUCGUGGCCUUUUGCUGUGGGUUUUUGUCUCGAUGCCGGGGUGGCGCUGGGCUGCCCCGGGACGUCCCCUCGUCCCUCCCCGCGGGACACGCGGGGGCUCGGCCUUUGCCUGGAAUUCUCUGUGCCUGUUCCGAUGGAGAGCAGUGCUCUGGGGUGCUCUGGGAUCCUCUGGGGUGCUCUGGGAUGCUUUGGGGUGCUCUGGGAUCCUCUGGGAACCUCUGGGAACCUCUGGGAUGCUCUGGUGUCCUGUGGGAUCCUCUGGGAUUCUUUGAGAUCCUCUGGGAUGCCCUGGGAUCCUCUGGGGUGCUCUGAGAACCUCUGGGGUGCUCUGGGAUCCUCUGGGGUGCUUUGGGAUUCUCUGGUAUCCUAUGGGAUCCUCUGGGGUGCUCUGGGAUCCUAUGGGGUACUCUGGGGUGCUCUGGGAUCCUCUGGGAUCCUCUGGGGUGCUCUGGGAUUCUUUGGGAUCCUAGGGGAUCCUCUGGGGUGCUCUGGGAACCUCUGGGAUUCUCUAGGAUGCUCUGGGAUCCUGUGGGAUUCUCUGGGAUUAUUUGGGAUCCUCUGGGGUGCUCUGGGAUCCUCUGGGGUGCUCUGGGAUCCUAUGGGAUUCUCUGGGAUGCUCUGGGAUUCUCUGGGAUCCUAUGGGAUUCUCUAGGAUGCUCUGGGAUGCCCGGACCCCACCUCCCUGCUGGCUGUGUCGUGUUCCUCCUGGGCCAGGACCUGGCUCCAGUGCCAAGCCCCGUGUCCCCUUGUCCUUCCCUCUGCUGACAUCCGUGGAAGAGGAAAGAGCCCCACCCCCAGCUCCGAGGGUUCCAGGGUUUGGAAGUUCAGGCUUUUUUUGGUUUUUGGUGCUGUCAUGUCCUGUUGAGCCGUGACCCUGUUGGGAGCAAGGCCACGUGUCCCAAGUCUGAGUGGUGCCAUGUUUGUGUCGCAGAACGUGGAGUUCUUGGCUUGCUGUUGCACUAUAAAUUCCAAGUGUGCCACAUGCUUCAAUCCACUGGUUUUUCUUUUCGUUCUGGAGGUCCUUGUGCUCGUCUUCCAUUCUUUUGUCCGUCCCUUGUGUCACCUGUAACUGAAAGGAGACCCAAGUAAUCUAUUUUUAUAUGUAUAACAAAUGACUUUAUUUGAAGGAAGAAAAAAAACCAAACCAACAACCCCCACCCCAAGUAAUGUAUCCCCCUAAAUCCAGCUUUCAUUUAGGGAAGUGAGAGAAGAAAUUGUUUAUAUCUAUCUAUCUCUAUAUAUAUAAAUAUAUAUAUAAAAGUUAACUGCGUUAAGCUUUAAAUAAAGUAUUUAAAUAAAGA